AUGGUUCCAGGUGUCUUGUCCGGUCUUGUGUGUGUUCUGUGUUUGAUCCUGCUCCCAGCUGUAUGGGCCGAUGACUGUAGCAGCUUCGAGGACAGAGAUGGUUACCACCACAAGGCUCAGCAAUGUGGCAAUGAGUACUGCUGUGGAAACUGCAAGAAUAAAUACUGCUGCAGUGAAAGAAUAUACCAUCUUUCUCAAACUGAACAACAAGACUGUUAUGGAAAGGUGUGCUCUUACUUAAGACCUGUGUUUAAAGAAAAUCGCAUUGCUCUGCUCCUGGGAAGCAUUUUAGGGACAAUUCUUCCGAUUGCCUUCUGUGUGUGUCUCAUCAUCUGCUGUGUGGCUCCGUGCUGCUUGUUCUUCAAGAAGUGUCGAAAAGGACGCAACCAACACCCACGUGCCACUACUGCUUUAGUCAACCUGCCCCAGCAUCCACCCUAUCAACCCGCCGGAUAUCAGCCCACCUACCCCGGCUACCAGCCCGUACCUGCCCAGCCUGGCUAUGGAAGCCUGCCCAUCCCUACAGCACCACCUCCAUACAUGGAAACUGAAGAUCCAGCUCACUUACCGGUUGCAUUCCCUGCCGGUGUGCCGAUGGGGCCCUUCCCCGGUAAGCCUUAUGCACUGCCACCACAUCCAGAUGCCCCGCUGGCCUACAACCCUGCUUAUGUGCCAAACUCUUAAACCGGAUAG